UCUGUCUGCUACAAUCAGCUUGCUAACAUGUCUAGUUUGGGGGGUGCACCGACAUAAGAAAAAGAUUAGUCUUCUCAUCCUCCCAAAGCAGACCGGUAAUAAAUCAAGCAUGGAAGAAAUGCUGCGGAAGUAUGGAUCUUUGGCUCCGAAAAGGUACAAGUACUCAGAGCUGAAACAAAUGACUAGCUCUUUCAAGGAUAAACUUGGAGAAGGUGGAUAUGGCAUGGUAUUUAGGGGUAGCCUACAAGAUGGCUGUGCGGUUGCCGUGAAGCUCCUAAAAGUUUCCAAAGGCAAUGGAGAGGAGUUCCUAAAUGAGGCAAUUAGCAUUUGUAGGACAUCACAUAUCAACAUUGUCUGUCUGCUCGGUUUUUGCUUAGAAGGAGCAAAGCGAGCCCUUGUUUAUGAGUAUAUGGCUAAUGGUUCACUGGAGAAAUAUAUUUACACAGAGAAUUCAGAUCUAGUUAUUGGAUGGGACAAGUUACAGCAAAUAGCACUUGGCAUCGCACGAGGAUUGGAAUAUUUGCAUCAAGGAUGUAGUACUCGCAUCAUCCAUUUUGACAUCAAGCCUCAGAAUAUACUUCUAGAUGAAGAUUUUUGUCCCAAGAUUGCAGAUUUCGGUUUAGCGAAACUGUGUCACCUCAAGGCCGGUAGCAUCCUCUCUGUCGCCGAAGCAAGAGGUACCAUUGGAUUCAUUGCUCCAGAAGUAUUCUCUAGAGGUUUUGGAGUCGUUUCUACAAAGUCAGAUGUCUAUAGCUAUGGAAUGAUGCUCAUGGAAAUGGUAGGAGGAAGGAUAAAUAAAGGAAAAGGGAAUACCGAGAGCUCAAGUGAUGUGUAUUUUCCAAACAGGAUAUAUGACAGUGUAGCAGAACAGGUACAAACUUGUGAAGUCAUCUGCGACCUUGAAGAGGCCAUGAGAAAGAUGGCCUUAGUGGGCCUAUGGUGCAUACAAACUAACCCCGAAAACCGUCCUUCGAUGAGCAAGGUGAUUGAUAUGUUGGAAAAGAGCAUCAAUGAAUUGGAGAUGCCACCGAAGCCGUUCCUUUCAUGUCCCUCGGUCCCGUCAUAUUUGUCGCCGCACACAAGUUAUGGUUACAUAUCAUCGUAUUGCUCCGCAUCCCCUGCACUGUUACCAUAGCCAAAAGGAAGAUUAAUUGGACAAAUGUAAAUUCAAAUUCCCACUGCAUUACCAUUAUGAUAGUACAGUGUGUAACAGUAAUAUUUAUUUUUCAAACGUUGCAUGGUGUCUCUCAUCAUGGCCGGGCUGUUUGAGAUUAUUGUAUUUAAUAUGACAUAUGAGUUAAAACAUGGAUAACCAAAUAAAAGCUGUUUGGGUGUGAUUCAUGUGUUUGGUAUUCCAACUUCCAACAAUGGUACGUAACUUAUAGUAUAAGUAAGGGUCGUAGUACGUAAGUCAUAGAUAAGUAGUUAGGGGCCUCGGAAACCCAGUAAGCGUCGUAGAGCAUCUAUUCUAACCACGACCUGACGACCCUACAAAAUCAAGAAACCUGAAUGCUUCGUUGUGAAGCUGAACAUUGCAGCAAUACAUGCCCAGAUUUAAGUAUCUUAUCCACGAACCAAACAUAUAC